GUGCCGCUGACGUCCCGAGCAGUGCUGGGAAGUAUAGGCUGUGUUGUCACGCCGGUGUCAGUCUGAUGAAGAUUGGCAUCAGGUGCUUGGGCUCUGGCUGACAGGAAGAUUCUCUGGCCCAGCUGGGAGUAAGAAGAGGGGAGGACGUCUCCUGAGGACCAUCCCAGAGGCCGCCAGGAUCACCCAAACAAUGACAGCAACUACCCAGCCCCCCUCCAAGGCCCAGGCUGUCCACAUCUCAGCACCCUCUGCCGCCGCCAGCACGCCUGUGCCCAGCGCCCCCAUUGACCCCCAGGCACAGCUGGAGGCUGACAAGCGAGCUGUGUACAGGCACCCUCUUUUCCCACUCCUGACGCUGCUGUUUGAGAAGUGUGAACAGGCCACCCAGGGCUCUGAGUGCAUCACCUCCGCCAGCUUUGAUGUGGACAUCGAGAACUUUGUCCACCAGCAGGAGCAGGAGCACAAACCCUUCUUCAGCGAUGACCCAGAACUGGACAAUCUGAUGGUGAAGGCAAUCCAGGUGCUGAGAAUCCACCUGCUGGAGUUGGAGAAAGUCAAUGAACUCUGCAAGGACUUUUGUAACCGUUACAUCACCUGCCUCAAAACCAAGAUGCACAGUGAUAACCUGCUCAGGAAUGACCUCGGGGGGCCCUACUCCCCCAACCAGCCCUCCAUAAACCUGCACUCACAGGACCUCCUGCAGAAUUCUCCCGAUUCCCUGUCUGGAGUCUCCAAUAACCCCCAGGGGAUUGUGGUCCCAGCCUCAGCGCUCCAGCAAGGCAACAUCGCCAUGACAACUGUCAACUCACAAGCCAUGUCAGGUGGAGCCUUAUACCAGCCAGUUACCAUGGUCACCUCCCAGGGUCAGGUGGUCACCCAAGCAAUCCCCCAGGGAGCCAUCCAGAUCCAGACCCCACAGGUUAACCUUGACCUCACCUCCCUCCUGGACAAUGAGGAUAAGAAGUCCAAGAACAAACGAGGAGUCUUGCCCAAGCACGCCACCAACAUAAUGCGUUCUUGGCUCUUCCAACACCUCAUGCACCCCUACCCCACGGAGGAUGAGAAGAGGCAGAUUGCAGCCCAGACAAACCUCACCCUCCUUCAAGUAAAUAACUGGUUCAUCAAUGCCCGGAGACGCAUUCUGCAGCCCAUGCUUGAUGCCAGCAACCCAGACCCUGCCCCCAAAGCCAAGAAGAUCAAGUCGCAGCACCGACCCACCCAAAGAUUCUGGCCCAACUCCAUCGCUGCGGGGGUGCUGCAGCAGCAGGGUGGUGCCCCAGGUACAAACCCUGAUGGCUCCAUCAACUUGGACAACUUGCAGUCCCUGUCCUCAGACAAUGCCACCAUGGCCAUGCAGCAGGCUAUGAUGGCUGCACACGAUGACUCGUUGGAUGGGACGGAAGAAGAGGACGAGGAUGAGAUGGAAGAGGAGGAGGAAGAGGAGCUGGAGGAGGAGGCCGACGAGCUGCAGACGACAAAUGUCAGCGACCUGGGCUUGGAACACAGUGACUCUCUGGAGUAGUCAGGCAGCCCAGAUGGCACUGAUCACCGAGCAGGAGAGGAGUGUCGUCAGGAGGGCUUCAGGGUGGGGGGAGGGGGACGGGGCACGCAGCACCGGAGGAAGUUGGGUCCUAGCCUCCCACAAUCAGCAGCUUGAAGAAACCCAGAGGAGACAUCCUGCUCCUUCCCAAGCACCAAGCUUCAGUCAGUACCCCAGCCCUACUUCCCCAGAACUGUUGAGGACUCCAUCUGUCGGGGCCAGCCAAGCAGCCUGUAUGGAAAGGCAGGAGUGAGAUCUGGACUCACCCAGUCCCUGAGGACAGAAGGCACCCAUAGGCACCCCCACUGAAGGACCUGAGUUGUUUACAAGCCCUGCACUGUGAGGCAGACUGGUGCUGUUUGCAGAGUGAGCCCUUGCUAGAGGCAGAGCUAGGAAGAAAGGGGAAGAC